AUGGGUUCCUGCUGGAGCUGGGAGUGUGGCAGCAGGCCUCGUUGUACGGGCCAUUAUUGGCCCUGCUGUGCAGGUUGGGUGGGCCCCACCGUGGUGCUCUGCAUCUAUGGUUUCUGCUCCAUGAUGAGGCCCGUGGAGCCCUUUAUGACUGAGUUCCUGACGGGGAGUUACAAGAAUUUUACCACUGAACAGGUCACAAGACGCGUGUAUCCUGUGUGGACUUAUUCCAACCUCGUUCUCAUCAUCCCGGUCUUCCUAGUGACGGACUUCCUCAGGUACAAGCCUGUUAUCGUCCUCCAGGGUCUGUGCAACGUCGGGGCGUUCCUCCUGGUGCUGGUUGGCUCGGGGGUCUGCUCCGCUCAGUGGGCCUUCUUUAUCUACAGUUUAGGCACAGCAGCAGAUGUGGGCUACUUUGCCUACAUUUACAGCGUGGUGCAGCCCAGCUACUAUCAGAGGGUGACCAGCUACGCCAGAGGGGCCAUACUGCUGGGUUACGCUGCGAGUGCCCUGCUAGGUCAGCUGCUGGUGUCUUUGGGGGGGGUCUCUUUGUACUGCUUGACUGUUGUGACCCUCAUCGCCCUCUGUAUGGCACUGUUCACCUCCAUUUUUCUACCCAUGCCUAAGACGAGUUUAUUUCUAAGGGAGACAUAUUACGCGCGACAGGGGAGCUCAGGUGAGGACACCCAGUCCGGUUCAGAGAGCCGUGACUCUUUCAUCUGGUUGAGAAGGAGCAGGACCGCUGCCAAGUACGCUGGGAGGAUGCUGAGGAAGCUCAUACUGGAUUGCAAGGACUGUUACUCUUCAAUGGCUGUGCUCUUCUUCUGCAUAUGGUCGGCAACGGGGAGGUGUGGCUUCUACCAGGUCAGCAGCUACGUCCAGGUCCUCUGGGUCUACAAGCAGCCGCAGCAUAACUUCACCGCCUACAAUGGCGGUGUGGAUUCUGUCGCCACACUGUCAGGAGCUGCAGCCUCCAUUGCCGUGGGCCAUGUGUCUCUGGAAUGGUGUGUGUGGGGAGAGCUGAUCCUGGGGGGUUUCACACUCCUGAUCGCAGGGGCUGUCUUUCUGAUGGCUCUGACCAACAACAUCUGGCUCAGCUACACCUGCUACAUGCUCUUCAAAACACUUUACAUGCAGCUCAUCACCAUUUGCACGUUUCAGAUCGCCAGGAAGCUGACAAGAGAGCGCUACGCGUUAGUGUUUGGUGUGAACAGUUUCAUGGGCACAGUCCUGCAGAGCGUCCUCACAGCCGUCGUCAUCAACACCAAAUCUCUGCGGCUCACCAUCACCUCACAGUUCUUCGUCUACGCCUCAUACUUUGCUGCCAUCGGCCUGCUGUUCACAGUCAGAGGUGUGUACACUGCACUCCACAGGAACCAGCCCUCGCCAGGCAACCAGGCCGAGAGAGCUACUCACCUGCCCCAAGGCUCACGUCUGUGA